UAGAGUGGCGGAAACAACGUCAUACAGUCGUGCCGUGUUUACUAACGGCGGCUAAACGGUGUUCGGAGAGAUACAAAUAUAAAUCUGGUCAAAACAACGAGGAGGUUUCUAAUAACUGCAGAUGGCGGAUCCUGCGGUGGCGUCGGGAGGCCCUCUGAAUGCGGGAGCGCGUGGAAGUGCUGGUAAAGCAACUUCUAGCCCUGCAGAAAACUACCUCCUGGCCCGCCGUCGAACCCUGCAGGUCGUUGUCAGCGCCCUGUUGACUGAGAGUGGCUUCGAGAGUGCAGAGAAGGCAGCUGUGGAAACCCUAACUGAGAUGUUGCAGAGCUAUAUUACUGAAAUAGGUCGAUGUGCCAAAGCAUACUGUGAACACACAGCCAGGAGCGUCCCGACACUGUCAGACACAGUGGUCACGCUUAUUGAAAUGGGUUUCAAUGUUGAUACUUUGCCCAUAUAUGCUAAAAGAUCACAAAGGAUGGUCAUAACUGCCCCUCCAGUGACAAAUGCUCCUGUGACUCCCAAAGCGCUGUCAGCUGGACAGAAGCGCACACAUCCAGCCCACAUCCCCAGCCACUUCCCAGAAUUCCCCGACCCUCACACGUAUAUCAAAACACCUACUUUCAGAGAGCCCGUGUCAGACUACCAAGUGGUGAGAGAGAAGGCAGCAACUCAGAGGAGAGACGUGGAACGAGCACUCACACGCUUCAUUGCCAAGACUGGAGAAACUCAAAGCCUAUUCAAAGAUGACAUCACUACCUUCCCAUUAAUCGCAGCACGGCCGAGCACCAUCCCAUAUCUCAGUGCCCUCCUGCCCUCAGAGCUGGAACUGCAGGCUCUGGAGGAGACGGACUCCUCUGAGCAGGAUGACCAGACUGAUGGCGAGAACACAGCAGGAAACGCCAUUACUGAUGAUCCAGGAGCUGACAAAGAGAAUUCCAUGCUUCCUCCCAGCGGCGUAGUUCCAUCCACCAAGGCUAGUGAGGACAAUGUAAUCGACAAUCCGUACCUACGGCCGGUCAAGAAGCCCAAAGUAAGAAGGAAGAAAUGAGACGGGAUGAAGCUUAAAGCAACAGACUCAUAUCUGCUCCAGUCUUUGGUGCUUACGACAGUCCAGUCAGUGAUUCCCUGCACAGAGGAAGUGGCCCAGGGUUGAAACCUGCUGCGUGAGCUGAGACCAGCGGCUUCUUUGCCUCAGCAGUGGGACCAGUACUGCAGACUGACUUCCACAGAAGAUGACUUUUUUUGUUGUGUUAAGUGUCACUUUUUCAGCAGGAACUCUCUUUGUUUAAAAGUCGGUCCUACAUUAUUUUGUAAGCAACAUCUUUAUGUAACAUACAGGUCACAUAGGAAUCCUGUCAUUUUGUAAUUAAAGGAAAAUAAGUUUCUUUUAAAAAAGAAAAAAAACCUUACAUGUUCAUAUUUUCUUUAUAUUUUGAGGGGAAAGAUAAAAAAAGAACAAAAAAACCAACAUCUUCUUCGCCAGUGUCACGAUAGGUUUCCAUGUAUGACCUUCAGGGUUAAUAAUACAAACUCAGGUAGGCCACUCUGUUCCUCUGUUUAAUGUACUCCUUUUCACUGGCAAGCUGUGGGGGGAAAAAUAAACAUGUAGUUUUGUACAGGUAUAGGUGACGAGCACACCUAAUAUCACACCAAAUUAAAGGCUAACAGGCUUACUGCUAAUGUGUUUAUCUGAGUAAUCAUGCAUAGAAUCAGUACAUCUAAAGAGAGAGAACAUUUCUGAUACUAGAGAGAUAUCUGUGGUCUUUAUGUAUAAGCUGGCUGUGCCUUUUAAGUUUGUGUAACAGCAAAAUUAAGGCCAUUAAAUUUCUAAACUUGCUUCGCUCA